ACCUACUUCCACUCCGUGAACUAUUUCGGCUGGAGCGCGUGGGUACCCCGGCGUCUGGGACUGGGAUGCAACAAUGAUUUGCCUUUUCUUAACAAUCUUUGCAAACAUCUUCCAGACAGGAUGGACCGGGGUGAACGAGCGCACCUUCAUCGCCAUCAAGCCUGACGGGGUGCAGAGGAGGCUGGUAGGAGAGAUCAUCCGCCGCUUCGAGAGGAAAGGUUUCAAGCUGGUGGCACUCAAACUCGUACAGGCGUCGGAGGCGCACCUGAGGGAGCACUACUGGGACCUGAGGAGCAAGCCCUUCUUCAACGGCCUAGUCAAGUACAUGAGCGCUGGACCAAUCGUAGCAAUGGUGUGGCAAGGCCAGGAGGUAGUUAAGACGGCCCGUAAGAUGCUGGGAGAAACCAAUCCCGCUGACUCCAUGCCUGGAACCAUCAGAGGAGACUUCUGCGUUGAAGUGGGCAGGAAUGUGAUCCAUGGCAGCGACUCUGUUGAGAGUGCACAGAGAGAGAUUUCCCUCUGGUUUAAGCAGAACGAACUGAUGUGCUGGGAGGAAAGCAGCAAUCAUUGGAUCUAUGAGUAACACACACAGACACGCACACACACACACGCAUACACACAGCAUGUCAAACCAAACUUGGUAACGAAAUGUUAAACAAAAUACAAACCAAUGUAAAGAGAUGCAAAAUGUAAACUGGCACACGUGGAUGUGGUUACAGGGAAACGUGCUGCGUACACCAUCACUGCUAAGUCUGCCUUAAGUUAAGUCUGAACUGUUAAGCUCUGUUACUAUGACAUUCAAACAAGCAACAAUACGCACUCCAUCGGGAGUUAGACAAACUGAAGUGGCUGUUCACCUACAGAUGUUGUCUUCAUCUUAACCAAAAUGAACCAAAAAAGCUCAUUGUAAAUACAAUAAGAAAACAUUGAAGGCUUUUGUAUGUAAUCUACUGUAUGUCGUCAUUUGCUUACUAUAUGGCACAAGUGCCACCCGGCUGCAAAACUCUAAUUUGUCCAUUAGAAAUGAAGUUUAUUUUUUUCACUUUUACAUACGUUUCUUCUGAAGGAACGUUUUUAAACUUGUGUUUGCAGUGCACCAUAUGGGUCAGGUACAAAGAACAAAAAUCAAACCUUUCUAAAGUGUGUCCGUCCUGCUCCUAAUAUUUUAAAAAAGCACAUUGUCUGUCAUAGUAUUUUCAGUACCCCAUGAGCUACGACGGUACGGGGUACUGUAAUACUACUCACUGUCUGCCAGUUGGAGACUGGCAGAUUGAUGCACAGGGAUUGAUAUAAUCAGGGCUUAAGUCUAUUUCUAGACUCUGCGUGUGAAAUCUUUUAUGAAUGUGUUCCUGUGUGGAUAAUAGCGGUCUUGAAUGUAUACACAAUGCACUACAGUACAGAAGUUGUACAUAAGAGCAAUAAUUUGUUGAAGACUUGAAUUCCUGUGUACUCCUUGGAGUAAGUGUACUGCUUGGGCAGGGUCUUAUGUGUGUGUGAGAGAAGCUUAUCUCCAGUGUGUGUAAGCUGUGUCUCGCCAUCAUUGUUGUAACUGAUAAGCUUUAACGAUGACCAAA